CCGACCCAUCCCUUUCCCUAUUCAAUUCUUCUUUCUCCUCCUUCUCCUGUCAUUGAUCACUAUAUAUAAUCUGGAAGUUAAACAGAUUUCAGAGAGAGAAAAAAAAAAAACCCACAGAAGAGAGAAACAAUGUCUGGGUCAGAACAAAUUUCGCUAUUCGAUUGUCCAAGAUUAGUAGCCAAUAAGGUCUUAGCCAAGCCGCAACGCGAGGGUGAUGGGGCUGUUGUUAGGAGAAGUAUUGGAAGGUAUAGAAGAAGGCCUGAGCUUAAAUAUGUGGAUCCUUUCCUCAUGUUGGAUGAAUUCACAGUUUCACCUCCUGCUGGAUUUCCCGAUCACCCACACAGAGGUUUCGAGACGGUCACAUACAUGUUGCAGGGGGCUUUCACUCAUCAGGAUUUUGCAGGGCAUAAAGGAACAAUCCAAACAGGAGAUGUGCAGUGGAUGACUGCCGGUAGAGGGAUAAUUCAUUCGGAAAUGCCAGCAGGAGACGGAGUUCAAAGGGGUUUGCAACUCUGGAUCAAUCUAGCCUCAAAAGAUAAAAUGAUCGAACCGAGGUACCAAGAGCUGCUUAGUGAGGACAUUGCAAGGGCAGAGAAAGAUGGGGUUGAAGUCAGAGUUAUAGCAGGAGAAGCAAUGGGAGUCCAGUCUCCAGUUUACACCCGAACGCCGACAAUGUAUCUCGAUUUCACUCUAAAACCGGGAGCCCAGCUGCACCAAAGCAUUCCCGAGUCCUGGAACUCCUUCGUGUAUCUAAUCGAAGGUGAAGGGGUCUUUGCCUCCUUCAACUCGUCUCCAGUAACGGCCCACCACGUCUUGGUGAUGGGUCCCGGAGAUGGUCUCAGCGCAUGGAACAAGUCAUCAAAGUCGUUGAGAUUCGUGUUGAUCGGAGGGCAGCCCCUCGGCGAACCGGUGGUUCAGUAUGGACCCUUUGUGAUGAACACGCAAGCCGAAAUUGAGCAGACUAUUGAAGACUAUCAGCACUUCAAGAAUGGUUUUGAGAUGGCUAAGUAUUGGAGAUCUCAAUCAAUGGGUUCAAGAUUCGAUGGAUAACGACUAGUAGAAUUUUUUCGAAACGUACUCCAGACUCGUUCGAUGCAUGUGGAGCCUUGUGCAUUGAACAGUUCCGGACACAGUUGUAUGUGUGGCAUUGCUGUAAUUUUUUAUAGCAAUAAAAUAUGAAAAUUGAAUUUUA